CACUUUGCGCCAGUAUUUUUACAGUAAUUACUUAAAAGUGUAACUAUAUCGGUAGCCUGAUCACACCGUUAAUCUAUGCUCGAAUCAAUCCGCCUAGCCGUUAGCCAAUCAGAGCGCGUCCUUCAGGUACGCUCUUCCACUUCAGAAGCGGAAAGAGGAGUACAACAACAAACAUGGCGGCCCCCAUGGAGCAGAGCGUUCCCGUUGGAUCAGACAGAAAACGCAAGAAAAAUGUGGAUUAUAUAUGCAUCACACACAUAUCAUCGAUGGACAAAGAACGGACACAGCCACUGACAGUUGUUCGUUGGAAGAAGCUGGUUGUAUGUGCCCGUAAGUGGCUAGAAAUUGACGGAAUCGACCGCACCUUGGCGGAGGCUGUAUGUGUACACGAUGAGUCCGCCAGAAAUAACAAUGACGAUUCCACGUCAACCCUGGCUUGUUCAGAAGACUCUUUCUGGCUUCUUAGGGGGAAAAAACUUGGUUUUCAUCCAACUUGUUAUAGACGUUUCAUCGAUAAGAAACGAAUUGCCAGUGCUGAAAAACUAGCAGAAAAACGGGGAGCAUAUGGUGGUGACAACAAUGGUUCUGAUUCUGAUCACGAGUCUUCCACAACCACGUCCACGACAAGCCGGCCACCAUUGUCAAAACAGUUGAGAUCCACGACUAAAUCAUUGAGGUCUGGCAAUGUACUUCCUGCUGUCUGUAUAAUUUGCAAGAGGGCUGACCACUUUGUGAAAGAAGGACACAAGACAAAGAAAGAAAAAAUGGUCCAAGCAGAAACUAUAAAUGCUGGGAGUUUGGUUAAAGCAACUGAACUGCAAAUGGAUGAAUCCAUCCUCAAGGAUGUAAGUGGAAAAGAUGCUACAAAGAAUAUACAAGAUUUCUGGGGGCUACAACAAGUGAUGAAAGGAUGCCAGAAGCCUGGGAGUAUGCCACUGUGUACACAGAAUGAAUUUUGUGAAUUUGGGCACAGUUGAUUAAAAAACAAGAAAUCUUCAGGAUGAAAAAGCUCUCUUCCCUGUUCCAGAAAAUGAUACGAGAACACCAUGGUCAAGGAAGUGACAGAUCAGAUCUUCUGAAGAAAGGACUGAGGCAAGACUUUUCCCAACUAAAUUUCUACAAGCCUCCGAGGAAAAACCUGAGUGAAAUGGUAUUUACAGAAGCUACAGAACUUCUCAACAAGGGUUCAUCAACUGAACCUGAGUCAUCAGGAUCGCAAGAGACUUUGUCGAGUAGUGGAGAGACAGUUCAGGAAAGUGGUACAUAUGCAGCACAAUGAGGCUGUACCAGAACCAUUUAUAGUGCAGGUAUAACUCUUAAACAAGCAGUUAAGAGUGCCCCUAACAUGAGUGCCAAUUGGCCUCCUACAUCUGAGGAUCUAAAUAUUUCCUCAGCUAGAAAGAUUGUGCCAAUUGAACUGUAUAAUUCACUUGCUUGGUGCAUAGGUGUAAGUGAUGAGUUGACAUUAUCUAACAUGGUUAAUGUUAAUUUUAAUAAAAGUCAUUGUUUAAAAACAGAAA